UUGAAAUAUAUUAAUCGUUUUUUCUUGUCAGAUGAAGAAUGGAGAAUUAAAAGAAAUGCGGCCAAGCGAGCAGCGUAUGCAAACAAAAAGUUAUCUAUGGCCCAUGAUGAAAUGAAUCAUCAUGGGGUUGCCUUUUGUUGGAUAUUAACACCUGGACCUGUGAUUGAUUUUCUUCUAGCCAAUCAGAAUGCACGGGAACCUCGUAAUAUUGACUGGGCAAAGGCUAAGAAAAUGCUAAAAAAUAUGACGGUUAAGACAAGGCACAGCAACAUGGAAUUUAAGAUCAUAGGCUUGAGUGAAAAGCCUUGCAAUCAGCAAUUGUAAUGUCAAAAUCUAAGAAUGAAUUGGGUGCAUCUAAACUGGAGUAGAAAGUUCGGGUGGCCUCUAAUUGAUCACAUCUCUACUUUUGGUAUGGUCUGUUUGGCUCUUUAAAGACUGCUGCUUUUUCAUGUAUCCGAAGGCUACUUGAUGCUUUUGUGCUAGAAAUGCAUCGACGUAAAGAUGUGAAUAUUUGGGUAGACCUGCUUGAAUAGCUUCAGGUUUGAAGUAUUAUGGAAACUGGUUUAAGUUUUUCCUUCCCUUCUUUUCUUGAUAUUAAACAAUUAUCCCCGGCUGAGUGAACUGAUAUAUUGUGAUUGGUGGAACUCCUUUUUGAUUUGCAGUUAAUAUUUAUCUAUUUGUGAUUCUUCCAUUUGUUAUUUUGCGUAUAUGUUUUUGCUUAAAUGACGUAAUCAGUUUUUUGAUAAGUAUAGUUCUCGGGCUAUAUCUAUUCUGUGGGUUUGUCCUUGAGCUACCUGCAGCAGUUAGUCAUGUGUGAA